AUGGUUUACGGCGGGAAGCCUUCGCGGGAUGUCGGACGUGUCGCGCGCCCCGGAUCAAGUGACGAGCGCUCACCCAGCCCUCCAACUCCCUAUGCCGGUGGGAGUAGUAGUCCUCCGCCGAGCAUCGCCGUCCCCCUUGCGCAACAGGCAUCAUGCUACUUCGCCUCUAACUUCAUAAUCGUCCCCCUCAAGAACCAAUAUCCCGGCCCGCAUGGUUUCAUGGAGUAUCUUGUUCCGCUGAUGAGGAACGAACCCGCCGAAAGCGCCUUGCGAUACGCAUUCAACGCAUGUGCGUAUGCUCUGCUGGGUAACCGCCACAAGGCCGACAGUGUCAAUCUAGAAAGGUUCUCGUUGAAAGAGCACGCCCUCGCGCUGGCGCAGACGCAGAAGGCACUGGGGAAUGCGGAGACGGCGACGGCGGACUCGACGUUGGCUGCGAGCAUAACAGCCCAUCCACAAUCCCGCCUGCUCGCCUGGCGCUCCCACAUUGACGGCGAAGUAAAUAUCGUCCUGGCUCGCGGCUGCGAGGAGCUGUGUCGCACGAAACUCGGCUCUCUUCUCUUCACUUCGGUGCGCCACCACCUUUUGUCGCGCACACUCUAUCAUGACACUCCCUUACCGCUGGGGGCUGACUGGUGGAUGUCUGCUGGGGACACGAAUUCCCUGCUCUCUGGAGCGCAAAGAUUAGCAUUCAGGUAUGCGGAGUUGAGGGCUGAGGCUGGAAAAGUGCUUGUCCCGAGCGUGGUGCCUGAUGAGGUCAGGGGGAAGGUUAGGGAGUUGUACUCGAAGGUAAAGAUGGUAGAUCACGAGGUUGAGAGGUGGUUGGGGGUAAUUCCGGGGGAGUUGAGAUACCAGGCGCUGGGUUGGGUGCAGAGCAAGGGAACAAGUCCCCCUGCUGGGCUCAAUUAUGGCGAUCUCGAAGCCUUUCCCGGCCGCGUCGACGUCUACCCCGAUUAUGUAACCGCCAGCGCAUGGAAUGUUGGGCGCGUGACGCGCCUGCUUCUCGCUUCUUUGGCACUUAGGCUGACGGCGUGGAUCCACUCCCUGGUCGACUACCGGUUAACUUCAAAGUACGAAGUCUCGAAACUGGUCUGCAAGGAAAUGGUCGAGGAUAUCAUCGCCUCAGUACCCUUUCAUCUCGGCUGGCACCUGAAACGCAAGGAUACUGGAUAA